AGUGGUGUCUGCACAGUUUGAAAUGUAUCUGCCUCUGGGCAGGCAUUGGUUCCUUACCUUUCAGCCCUGCAAAGAGGAAGAGCCGCACCUUACCACACAACUGCAGCUAGUCUCCAUCCUGCCUCCACCAUGGGCAGGCGUGCUCUGGAGGUGGUACUGCUAAACGUCGCCUGUGCAUUUUUAUCCUGCCAUGCUGAUGUGGGGAAUUAUGAGAUGGAGCUCAAAUCAACCCCACAAUCUACUUCGUUCCUACAGAGAACUACUUCUGCUCAGUCAGUUUCCCCAUAUCAGAUAACUUCUUCCAGCCAUGCAGUCACCACGCUUUUCUCCAGCAGGACAAGUAAUAUUAUAACCACCUCAUUAAGCCAAAGAACAUCUGCACUCACUGCCACCCAAACAACAAACCAUCAUCCGGUAACAACAGCAUUGGCCCCUAACAUGACAACGCAAGCAAGAGAAAACAACACCCAGCUGACCAGCGAGACGACCCAUCUAAUAUUAACAACUACAAUAGCAGGUAAGAAAACAACUGCAAAGCCCCCACUGCCAACCAAUGAAACUACAACCCAUGUAAGAGUAACAACUACAGCACAAACAUCUAACAAGACAACCAUCCAGAGAACUGAGAAAACCACACUGCCAACGAACCAAACAACCCAUUCAAGGGUAGCAACUACAACUGCAGCUAAGAAGACAACUGCAACGCCUACAUCACCAACCAAUCAAACUACAACCCUUGCAGUAACAACUACAGCAAUAACCAAGAAGACAGCUGUAAAGACCACCACACAGCCAACGAAACAAACAACUCAUACAGCAGCAAAAACUACAGCCAGAACCAACAUGACAACCCUUCCUCCAGGGAAUCAAACAACCAGACCUGCUACGACAGCCACCGUGGGGCCCACCCUCGCACCUGAUCCAUCAUCACCCACUACUGGAGCCUACAAUGUUUCCAAUGGAAGUGUGAACUGCAUUAAAGCAUCAAUGGGAUUGGAGCUGAUUGUUCAAAACUCUAAGACGCAGAAGAAGGGAUACUUCAAUAUUGAUCCCAGUAUCACACAAACAUCUGGAAGCUGUGGAAAUCUGCAAUCAAAUCUGAAUUUAACUUUUAAUGGCGGCUUUAUAAGCGUUACCUUUGUAAAGAAAGAUAGAGUCUAUUACGUCAGUACAGUUGAGGCCAGCUUAAAGAUACCCUCUGUGGGUUCAUGGCACAAUGUUACAAGCAAGCAGCUGUUUACAGCUACGAUGGGGAAUUCAUUUAAGUGUCUCAGCAAACAGAUGGUGAACCUGGCAGACAACUUCCAGCUGCUCACUGUUAACACCCAACUCCAAGCCUUUGCCAUUGUUGGUGACCAGUUUGGGAAAGUGGAGGAGUGCGCAGCUGACUUCAACAUCAUUUUUCCUGCGAUUGGCUUCUUCGUGAUCUUUAUCGCCGGCAUCCUGGCACUCAUCCUCUGCGCGAUCUGCCUUAAGCGGAAAUCGUCUGUGUACCAGAGAAUCUAGCAGAUCAAAAUAAUUUCAUAUAAAUAAUGAGAAGCAUUUCAUGAAAAGAUUUUAGAAUUUCAAGUCUGCCAUAAUUUUUCUUCUAAUAACACUGUUAGAACAAUGUAAAAUGCCAGAGUAUGUGUGUCUAGUUAUGAAAUCAAGUACCUGGUCAUUUUAUUGAGCUACCUGCAACUGAGAAGAAGGGGAACAGUUUUCAUACAGUUCACUUGUGUUUAGAGAGAGGAUUUUUAGUGGCCUAUUUCAAUUCAACUUUUUGUUUUUACAACACAGUUUAUGGAUCAUACGUAGGAAAUGGGUUAAUAUAAGGAAGAGCAUAAAUUUGAAAACUGAAUUUACAAAGAACAUGCAAUGUAACUAUUACUCUCUCAGCAUGUUACUGGCAUUUUAAGGGUAUAAUCCUGAGGGCUGCUGAAGGAAUGCAGCAUCUCACAGGAUCAGGUCGUAAACUUUUCUGGCUGGGUCCUUUUAAAGUUUUGCAGGUAUAAAAUUUGUUCGUUUUAUUCACAAUGAAGGUCUUGACUAGCUGCAGCCCAGUGUAUUUAACUGAUCUCCUUUCUUGUAUGUUCCUAGCCCUUUGUUAGAAUCUCAAAUGUUGGGUUUCCUCAUCUGUCCAGUUUUAAAUCUUGUAUCAAUGGGAACCAGAGCAUUUUCUUGUUAUGCUCCUUGCCUGGGAAACUCUGUUACUAUUCAGUCUUUUAACAUUUGAUACCCAGUUGAAAAGAGAUCUAUUCACUCUUGCUUUAACUGGUCUUAAUUACUCAUAAUUUAACCGUGUUUCAUUGUGCAGUGCCCUGUGCCAUUUUUAUGCAUGAUGCAAAAUAAAUACAUUCUAUUGCAUAUUUUGGAUUAGAAUUAUAAAUCAAACAGUUAGUGGUGAAUAAUGUUUGAGUUCAUGUGUAUCUUGGUUUUUUCCUGGUGUGUGUGUGGGGGAAGGUCUUUUUUAUUUAAAAAAAAAAGCUAAAUGCGAUCCUUUCCCAUGCAAUGAGUAAAAUAAUAGAUUUGUACUAAUUAGCACUGGUGCAGUGUACAAUGCAAAUGCAGCCAGAGGGCCAGAUCCAUAGCUGGUGUAAAAUCAGCAAAGCUUUAUUGAAGCCAUUGGAGCAUUUACAAAGCCAGUGCAGAUACAGUGAUUUUUACACCAGCUGAGGAGCCAAUGGACCUUCACUGCUUUACAGCUGCUGCGGAUCUGACUCUCAAUGUGAACCCAUUCUCUGACAAGCAGUAACACCCUGUCUGCCCAAUCCCAUGAACAGAUGUUUUCAAGAAGCAUGAACAAAUGGCAGUAGAGAUGUAGAUGGGGAAAUUGCUUGGUCAGGAAGUGUUGAGUUUUAUGGGGAGUAAGAAUAGGCAGCAAACUUGCUGCCUGAGUUGCUACAUGCAAUUUUUUGGCAGAUGCUCAUGCUCAUUUCCUGCCAGAAUUUAGCUUACUAUUUGGUGGGUGGCUUAUCUUCUGAGAAAUUGUUCAUAUAAUGUUGUUCUUAGGAGCGUCCAGCUUCAGAGGGGGGAAAUCUACAGAUUUAGUGGCUCUUGGUUGCAGGGUUUUGUUGCUAAAUGUUCUGUUUGAGGAAAUAUUCCAUACAAAGUACGGGUUGCAAAGGAGGAACAUGCAGUGGGAUUUUUAAGAUCUUACCAUAUAAUAUUCUGUAUAUUAGACAUGCUGUCACACUAAUACCACUAUUAACACCAUCCAUUUCUUCUACUAUUUGCUUUUGCUCAUCUGUAUGGAUGAUCAACGCUGACAAUGCUACCUAACCUAGUGGCCCCGCUCCUCCUCACCAUAGUUGUUCCUUACAAAAUCCGCCACUUGUCCAACAUCUCGCACACAAUGUAGGAUCAUAGAAACUAGAUACAAAAACACCCUGCUAAAAUCCCUAACUCCCUUAGGCCCCACUGAAAAUCACAGCCUAGAUCAUGUACUACAUCCUACUGAAAAUGCAACAUACAACCUAACAAGAAAGGGCAUAUCACAUAUACCAAUCCUAUACUUAUUCUUAGCCAAAAGGCCAAUAAGAUUAUAGUGCAAAGCUUUAUUUCCUUCUGUCCCUUAUUUCUCCACACAGGGCAAAUAAAGCCCAGUCUAAAAAUUGGCUGUGAAGUGCUGCAAGGAGAGGGGUGGGAGAUUUAAAUGCACUUCUUGAGAAUACAGACACCAUUAGCUUAUUGACUUAUCUCCUUAACUGUUAUCCUGCCAUUAUUAAUGGGUCCCAACAUAAUUACUUAGUUAUGAAAAUUGUGUAUGCUCUGUACUUUUCUACUGUUGGAGUUUCUGUAAUAAAGAUUGUUUUCAGUCAUUUUAAA